GCUAAGAUGGUUUGUGGGGUAUAUUAAUCCAAUAUUAAUUCUUUGCCUGUGCUCAUUUUUACUACUAAGCGUAAUAAAUUUAUUGGGUCUGCACCAAUUUGACCACUGACAAUGGAGUAUUGCCUCACAGACAUUGGAAUUCUUCGAGAUAAACGAUUCACCAAUAAGGACUGUGAUGAGAAGCGACUAUUUUCAUACGAACGGGAAUUCUACCAACAGUUGGAUGGAUCAUUGGAUAUAAAAUCUUUUCUGCGAGAUGUAAAACGAGUUCCAGAAUAUGAGUUGAAACAUCGCACCGAUGCUUCUGCUAGUGAUACCGUAUAUUUGGGUGUCUUCUUGAGACGGCUUCGUCCCGAGGAGUUUGAGGAUGUUGGUUGUAUUGUGCAAAGAAAACGCCUAGUAGAGCUGCUGUUCAACGAAGUCGAACGAAAGGAUUUUUUUCGUUUGCAAGAAUUGGAACUCAGCCCAGAGGAAACCGAUGGCAGCACCCUAACUGUUGGUCAAUUUUACAACCGACUAAGGGAGACCCACUUGGAAGACGUUUUGGACCAGUCGAUUCCGGAGAACAUAAGUCACGAAAGUUUGCGACCAACAUUGAGGCCGUAUCAAAUUAACGCGAUUCGGUGGAUGCUAGAUCGGGAGACAGUUCCGAAACGGCUGCCAGCACAAUAUGCAACUUUGAGGAGUCCCAAUGUAGCUGGAGUUGAUUUUUACUUGUAUCUAGACAGCUAUGAGGUGGUAGAUGAGGAACCUGUGGAUGUUUGUAUUCCUGCAGGUGGCAUUCUAGCCGACGAGAUGGGAAUGGGGAAAACUGUUGAAAUGUUGGGUUUGAUGUUAUAUAACAGAAAGAAAAAACGUAAAUUGCAGGAACUAGAGACAGAGCAGACGUUUUUGAAAGUACCUGAAGGAGAACUGAAAUGCGUCUGCAAUAAAGUAUCGUUGAGGAACUUAAUCGCAUGCCAAAAAUGUGGCCUGCAGCAGCACAGGAAGUGCGUUCUAAAACAUGUUGCAAAUGAACCGGGCCGGUACAUAUGUCCGGAAUGUUGGCGAUCGGAGCCAUUAACCGAGGCUGGCACCACAAUAAUUGUUUCGCCAGUAUCCAUCAAAAUGCAGUGGGCUUCGGAAAUCUCCAAGCAUAUCAGCGAUAAAAGUUUUAAAUUUUUUGUUUACGACGGUGUCGCUCAGAGCGGUUGGAUCAGUCCAGCGGAUUUGGCGGAAUACGAUGCUGUUUUGACGGAUUAUAAUGUACUGAAAACUGAGAUAUACUUUACAAACGCUGUCGCGCGGACAUCUCGUCACGAAAAACGUUUUCUCAGCCCUGUAUCGCCACUUCCGCUGGUGCGUUGGUGGCGCGUUUGUCUUGAUGAGGCUCAAAUGGUCGAAGGUGUUCACAAUCAGACCACCAAAAUGGUUAAAACAUUGCCUGCUGUGCAUCGUUGGACCGUCACUGGGACGCCGAUCGAGAAAAGUAUGGACAACUUGUACGGAUUAGUUCAUUUCUUGGACUAUGCACCGUACAACAACUAUCACAUCUGGCGGGAAUUGACACAUCGGUACCAGUUCGGUAAUCCACUGCCCCUGCUAACGGCAAUGAAUCGGAUCAUGUGGCGAACGUGUAAGGCUGCCGUUCUUGAUCAGCUGGGAAUUCCGCCGCAGACGGACGUCGUUCACUACAUCACAAUGUCCGAUUUACAGAAAUUUUUCUACCGCAUGGAGCACGCCAAGUGUGCGGUUUCGUUUCACGAGAAGGCCGAAAAGCUGGGUAGUGAAAUUUGUGUUUCGCGGAUGAAUAUACAAACGUUUAACUUGUUAAUGGAACCACUACGAAAACUGCGCCAGGAUUGUACCAUUCCUUCGAUAAUUCAUCGCUCAGAUCAACUUACCACCAAAAAGCUACUGACACCGAAUGAGUUGCGAGAACAUUUGAUUACCAACAACGAGAUGGAAUGCAAAUCUCAACUGCGUUCCGUUGUCUCUAGUAUCAACGGGAUGGCAGCAGUUCAUGUGAUUAGGAAGGAGUACGAUCAAGCCAUCAAGAUGUACAAAUCGGUUCUGCGUUGGGCGAAUGAUUACCAAGGAACGAUUAGUGUCGAUACACUGCUACAGAUUCAUGCUCUCUGGAAUUUGUUGGAUGUUAUAAAUCUGAAGAAGGAGGCCGGUGUUGCGACAGCCGUGGAAGAGGUAGCCGCUUUCGAGGAACAAUGUGCCAAAUUGGAGUGGAAGUACGUGGAGACCUACUCGAACACCGUCAAAAACGUUGAAAGAGAGUUGAUUCCAGCGUCGGAAAAGGUGCGGGAAAUUUCGAAUAAACUGGACAACAAGAUCGACGGUCACUGGUGGCGAAGUGUGAUCUAUCGUAUCGAUCAUGACGCUGUGAAAACGGCCAACUUUCUACUGAAACUGAACGUCGAGGUACGAAAUCAGAACACGAUGGCAGAGGAAAUACAUACCGUGCGAGGGUUAGAUUACGUGCUUACCAUUUGGUUGGAGAAGGUUAAAAAACAGCGGGGUCUGUUGAAAAAAGCCUUCGAUAUGAUUGAUUACUUUAGUGCAAAUCUCAAACCAAGCCAUCUCUGGCCGGAACACGUUAAGGUUCGUAUCGAGGAGCUGGUGAGGACAGCUUUUCUUUGUCACCUGGAUCCCGAGUUGCCCGAUCUACCGGAGAAGGAAAGGCGGAAGCGACCGACGUGUGUAUUGUGUGAGGUGAAGACUGUUCUCAACCACUACGAGUGUGUAAUCUUCCAGAAGCAGUUUAUGGAGAGUACCAAUACGACGGAAGGAUCCUGGCAGAUGACGUCCCAGGAAAUGAUCAUCAGGCAAAUCCACUCAUUCUCCAAGAAGGAACGUUUCGAUGAGGCCAUUAUCGAAGUUGGGGACCUGUAUCUGUCCUAUCUGGAUCGCAUAAAAGCUGAAUUCAAAGAAUACUCCAAAUACUGGGUUGAAAUCAACUACACGGCUGCGGCCUAUGACGAAUUAAACAUGUGCCGGUCUCGGUUACAAGUGGUCACCGUAGAGGAACUCGAACAGAACAACACCCGCAAGACCAUCCAGCAAGUGCUGGAUUGUGAGGUAGAUGAAACGUUUGAGGAUCUGCAGUUUCAGAAGAUGAAUUCGGAACAGGAAUUCGUUCGACUGAAAGGUACACUGAAAUACCUACAGCAUUUAGGUAGUACUGAAGAAAUAGAUCCCUGUCCGAUAUGUCGGAAUGCACCGUUGAAAUAUGCAGUGCUGCAGUGCGGACACCACUUUUGUAUCGUUUGUGCUCCACAGAUUAUACGGAUUGCCCGUAACCAGGGAAAUCAGGUUAGCUGUGUAGUUUGCCGUCACCGACAGCGAGUCGCGGACAUAUAUUACGUCACUCGUUCCCAAUCCGACAGAUCGGAGCAGAUCAACGUGCGCGGUAAUUACUCCAAUAAAAUUCUCAAAAUGGUUGAAACAAUACUCGAGCUAAAGCACAAAGAACCGGACGUAAAAAUUAUAAUUUUCUCUCAUUGGGAUCCAAUUCUGAUGAUGUUAGCAAGAGCCCUCGAAGAAAACGCAGUCACAUUCCGGACAAAAUCAAUCAAGUUCUACAAGAGUAUCGAAGAGUUUAAAGACUACAAGAACGAUAUCACCUGUAUGUUACUUCCGUUGAAGGCCGGCUCCAAAGGACUUAAUUUAAUCGAAGCUACUCACGUAUUUCUGGUGGAACCCAUUUUGAACCCGGGCGAGGAACUGCAGGCGGUCGGUCGGGUACAUCGAAUCGGUCAGACUAGGCCAACUUUCGUACAUCGGUUCAUUGUUCAACAUACGAUCGAAGAAACGAUUUAUCAAACUAUUCAGAAUGAUCAGAGUGGUAGGUGGAGCUCGCAGCAAGUUACGAUUGAAAAUUUGGAACAGUUGUUCAAGCUGAACGAUGAGGAUGACGAUGACGGCAUUGUUUUGUAA